AUGUACCUGAUGGAUGUUGUGACUGCAUACCUAUAUGGCUCACUUGAUAGUGAGAUAUAUAUGAAAAUUCCUGAGGGAUUUAAGAUCCCAAAAGGAUCAAAGAUGCUUGAAGCAUCUAAAGAGCUUUGUUCGGUCAAACUCCAGCGAUCACUUUAUGGAUUAAAACAAUCCGGCCGCAUGUGGUACAAUCGCUUAAGUGAAUACUUGUUGAGUAAAGGUUACGUCAACAAUAUUUGUCCAUGCGUGUUCAUAAAGAAAUCCUCAACGGGUUUUGUGAUCAUUGCUGUGUAUGUUGAUGACCUGAACAUGAUUGGAACUCAAAAGGAGAUUGAUGAUGCAAGAACUCAUAUGAAAGAUGAGUUCGAAAUGAAAGAUCUUGGAAAGACAAAGUUUUGUCUUGGGCUCCAGAUAGAGCAUUUCCAAGAUGGAAUAUUUUUGCAUCAAUCAAAUUACACCAAAAGGGUGUUAAAGCGCUUUUAUAUGGAUAAAGCGACUCCUUUGAGUAGUCCAAUGGUCAAUAGAUCGCUUGAUGUUAACAAGGAUCCAUUUCGACCUAUUGAAGAUUCUGAAGAAAUGUUAGGUCCUGAAGUACCUUACAUGAGCGCCAUCGGGGCACUUAUGUAUCUUGCAAAUUGCACAAGACCAGAUAUAGCUUUUGCUACUAAUCUGCUUGCAAGAUACAGCUCAUCGCCUACCAGAAGACAUUGGAACGGAAUAAAACAUAUAUUCCGUUAUCUUCAAGGUACGAUUGAGUUUGGAUUAUAUUAUUCAAGAAACCCCGAGGUUGGUUUAGUUGGUUUUGCAGAUGCUGGCUACUUGUCUGAUCCGCAUAAAGCUCGAUCGCAAACCGGUUAUGUUUUCACUACGGUGGAACCGCGAUCUCUGGCGUUCCCAAAAACAAACUUUGGUUGCAACGUCUUCAAAUUAUGCGGAGAAUCAUUGCUCUCAUGA